UAGAAAUUUCAUUAAUGCUAUACCAAUAAUUCAAACUCAAAAAAAGUAAAAAAAAAAAAAAAACAAGUAAGAUUCAAUGUCAUUUACUCACAUAAAAAACUCUCAUAUGGCCAAGUUUGUGUUCAACAAUCUCAGUGAACCGUCUCCAUCUCGUUAACUCUAUUCAGUUGAUAGUUAUGCAGAUACAUUUGACUGCAGGAGAGCAGGUUCGUAUAUGUGACAACUAGUGUUAUAGUGUAAAGAUAAAGAAAAAAAAACUUUUGCAAUUGUUUAAGGAAAUUUAGAAGCAACAUGAAAGCUAAAAGCCUUUUUUGGAGUGGGUGGAGUGAGUGUGAGGUUCUGUAAUCAUGUACACCUUUUCUGUUUCUUCCUUCACAUUACAAACCCAUCUCCAAAAACCAUUAACUAUUACUUCCAAAACUUCAAAAACAAAACUCGUUGAUACUAAUGAAUCUUUUUUAUCAUUUUCUAUUCUUUGUUCUUUUAUUCAAUUCUGCAUUUUCUGAGUCAAGUGUUGGUGUAGGACACAGUCUUAUGGUUGAAGCUCCUCUGGAGUAUAGAAUUGGUUUCAAAGUUGGAGGUUUUCUUUUGGAGAAUGAUCAGACAGUACCGAAGUACCGAGUUGCAUUGAGUAUCGAAGCAAUUGAUUCGAAAUUCGCUUGCUCAUUGUUGGUUUUUCUUGGAGAUGUUAAGGUUUGGGAUUCUGGUCAUUAUUCUAAGUUUUAUGUCACUGGAAAAUGUUUGCUGGAGUUUAGUAUGGAUGGUGAUUUAAGGCUUAAGGGUCCUAAUGGUACAGUUGGAUGGAAAACUGGAACUUCAGGACAAGGUGUUAAGAACUUGCAAAUACUGAGGACCGGAAACCUUGUGCUUGUGGAUGAACUAAACAAUGUAAAAUGGCAAAGUUUCAAUUUUCCAACAGAUGUAAUGCUCAGAGGCCAACAGCUCGAUGUGGCGACUCGACUAACAUCUCGGCGAAGCAAUUCGACAUUGUUCUACUCAUUCGAAAUCGAGAACAAUAAGGUUUCAUUGUACGUUAACUCCGGUAACUUGAGGUAUUCUUAUUGGAACUUUCAACCUACCAUGAGUAGAAGCAUUACAUAUAUCAAGCUGAGUUCUAAAGGGUUGUUAUUGUUUGAUGUAAAAUACAAGAAAAUCGCGCAAAUUCCGUCUCAAAGUAAUCAACCCUUGAAGUUUUUAGCAUUGAAGAAUGAAACGGGAAAUUUUGGCCUUUAUUUCUAUUCACAAGAGAAAGGAAAAUUUGAGGCUUCUUUUCAAGCACUCAACAAAACAUGUGACCUUCCAAAUUCUUGUAAGCCUUAUGGUAUAUGUACAUUUUCCAAUACAUGUUCAUGUAUUCAGAUUUUGACAAAUGACAAAAAGGGCAGUACUAGUUCUGAUUGUAGUGAAGGAUAUUCGGGAGGUUUUUGCAGCGGUGAUAAGGCGGAGAUGUUGGAAAUCGAUAAUGUAAGUAGUGUGCUCAAGGGUGUUCCUGAAACGGUUAAUAUUAGCCGAGAAGCGUGUUCGAGUUUAUGCUUAAGGGAUUGUAAAUGUGCUGCAGCGUUGUAUUUUAGGAACGCGAGCGUUGAUGGCGCGGAAUGUUAUCUUUAUAGAUUAGUACUUGGUCUCAAACAGGUGAAUAAAGGGACAGGAUUUAGUUAUAUGGUUAAGGUUCGAAAGGGAAUCGGGAGAAAUCGCGAGACGCGUGAUGUGAAAAGAUGGAUAUUUGUAGUAGUAGGAGUUUUUGAUGGUUUUAUAGUUAUGAUUCUUGUUGGAGGUUUUGGUUAUUGGUUGUUCAAAAGGAGGAGGGAUGGAUUGCAUUCUUGAGAUAGAAUUUUAUGAGAAGUUGAUGAAAGGGAAGUUCAGGUUUGAGUUUUGAAUUCAUUUGUGGAAAAUUAGAGGGAAAAGAAAAUAUAGAAGCAUUUUUAUUUUAACAUGUAUACAUACACAGUUUUGGUUGAUUUAGAGUGAUUGAAAUUUCUUGAUGGUGACAAAAUGCUGCUUAUUUGCAGCUUAUACAAAACUUACUUAUCAUUGGUGAAAACAGAAAUGUGAACUUCUUGAA